CGGCAGCGGCGGCGGCGACAUGGCUGCGCUGGUGGAGCCGCUGGGGCUGGAGCGGGACGUGUCCCGGGCGGUGGAGCUGCUUGAGCGGCUCCAGCGCAGCGGGGAGCUGCCUCCGCAGAAGCUGCAGGCCCUCCAGCGCGUCCUGCAGAGCCGCUUCUGCUCUGCCAUCCGGGAGGUAUAUGAGCAGCUCUAUGACACGCUGGACAUUACCGGCAGCGCUGAGAUCCGGGCCCACGCCACAGCAAAGGCCACGGUGGCCGCCUUCACAGCCAGUGAGGGCCAUGCACAUCCCAGGGUGGUGGAGCUGCCCAAGACAGAUGAGGGCCUGGGCUUCAACAUUAUGGGGGGCAAGGAGCAGAACUCGCCCAUCUACAUCUCCCGUGUCAUCCCUGGAGGCGUGGCUGACCGCCACGGAGGCCUCAAGCGUGGGGACCAGCUGCUGUCGGUGAAUGGUGUGGUAGAGGCUGUGACUCUGCAUUCCUCUGAGCUGAAGAGAAAGGGCUUGAUUCUGAUGGAGGUCUGAGGCAUGCAGGUAAUUAAAAUCACUGUGGUUAGAGUAGAUGGAGGCAUAACUGGGUGGGUGGUUGGGGCCAGCCAUGCAGGGCCUAAGUGCCAGCCUGAGAAGCUGGGACUUUGUCUCAAGCGUUCUGGGGAGCCAUGGGAAGGCUGUGACUAGGGGAGGGAUAGGCUCAGCUUAGAAGUGUAGAAAGACCUCUUUGGGACACCAUGGGGGAUGGACUGGAGGCCAGGCCAGGAAGGAGGCUGCAGUGAGAAUCCACUGUGGAGAGGAUGAGGCCUGAGCUGGGAGCAGGGUGGUGGGGACAAAGAAGGAGGAGUCAGGGCAGGAGGGAUGGGGCUGUGGAUUAGUGGGCUGUGUGUGGGGGUGGAGGGGACAAAAAUGGGCCUAGUCACAAAAGUGACUGAGGGCAUAGGGGGCUUGUCCCUGACAUGGAGAACCUGGAAGGUUUUGGGGAAGGACACUGAGCCAAGAGUUAAUGACUCUCUCAUGAGGACAUCAGGCCGUGCCAUCUCAAGGUUGGUACCCAGGUCACCAACAGAUGGUCCCAUUUCCGGGGUCGGGGCUGGGUGAGGGUGGUGGGCCCCAGGCCCAGCUGUCUGUGUACCACCCUGCAGAGCGUGGAGGGGGAGCAACAUGAGAAGGCAGUGGAGCUGCUGAAGGCAGCCCAGGGCUCAGUGAAGCUGGUGGUGCGUUACACACCCC